AUGGAGUGCCGGGUCAGGGAUGGGAAGAUGUUCGUCACAAUCCAGGACCCCUACCUCACGCCUGGAGCUCACAGCAGCGUCGUCGUCAGCUUCUCUUUCCUGACCGCCCUGCGCUUGGCCGGAUUCUUCUUCCUCCUCUUCGCGAUGUCCAAGCGGAAGCGGAAGCAGCCCUCUGACGUGUGCUACUUGCUGUGGCUUUUCUUGGCUGCUACGGGCUAUUGCCUCAUAGCUGUGAUGGCGUCGGUGGCAGUUGCCGGCGAGAGCGCAGCCACAAGUACCGCAAAGGCUCUUAUCGUUCUAUCCUGGGGCCCACUGAUGCUGAGUGUCUCUAGCGCGCUGGAGGGAGUCUGGCCGAACAAAUGCCUGGCACGAACGGCUGCGGUUGUGUACAUGCUCGCCGUCGCAAGCGGCGUGAUUGUGGUCAUGAUGUUCCCGCAGGACAACAACCAGGUCAUGCUCCUGGUGUUCUCCGUAUUGGCCUUCCUGCUUCCCAUCGCCUGGUGCAUCGUGCACAAGCAUACGCAGGAUACGCCUUUGGGAGAAAAUCUCUUUCGGGCCCUUUUCGCUUUCACCUGCGGUGCAGGGGCCGCCUUGGUGGGCUCCUCCGAAGCCGGCUGCGGAUUCACAGGCCACGUGGACUGCUACGAGCGCUGCUGGAUGAGCCCUGCAGGGGGGUCUCUGUUGAUCUUCACCUGCCUGGACCUCAUCGCAGUCUUCGGGCUGACGGCCUUCCAAGUGUGCAAGCCGGAGGUGUGGGGCUUCUCUUGCCUGCGCAAACCGUCCGUUCCGGACCCUCCGUCGACGACGGCAUGA